UUUUAAUUCCUUUGCUUCAGGUAGUCUGCCUGGUGAUGUUGAGAAGCCAGGAUGGAUCUAUUAGUGAUCAAGGGGAUCAUGAUAGGAACCAUGUUCCUCCUGGCCCUGAUCUUUGGGCUGAUCCCGCUGAAGCUGAUGCGACGGAUCGCAACGCGCGGGUCGCCGACGCAGGGCGACCCGGCCGAAUCUCCCUUGGCCAUUUUCCUGUGCAUGGCCAACUGCUUCUCCGGUGGGGUCUUCCUCACCGUCUGCCUUCUUGAUCUCAUACCCAAGGUGAACAGCGAGGAAGAUUCAUUGCGAGCAACGGGACUCCUCCCAACCUUAUAUCCUUUGGGGAUGUUCAUCAUUGCAUUUGGAGCAAUUCUUCUCCUGAUCUUGGAGCAAAUUGUCACACGCCACCAACGCGAGGGGGAAGAAGAGCCGCUGAUCCAGGGGGAACCCUCACGGCCGCAACCGCAUCAUUCGGGACUCCGUGCCGUGAUCCUCGUUCUCACUCUCAGCCUGCAUUCGAUUUUUGAGGGUAUUGCUGUGGGGAUCCAGCUGAAGGAGAACGAUGCACUGGGGCUCUUCAUCGCCGUCAUCCUUCACAAAAGCAUCAUCGCUUUCAGUCUUGGACUCAGCCUGGCCAAGACACGGCUCCGCUUCUCUGCGAUGCUCUGGGCCAUCGCCCUCUUCUCCCUCAUGAGCCCCCUCGGCAUAGGCAUCGGGAUGUCUGUCGUGGGCUCCGAAUCCGGCACGGCUCUGUCCAUCUCGUCCUACGUACUUCAGGGACUAGCCUGCGGCUCCUUCCUAUAUGUCACCUUCUUCGAGGUCCUCCCCGAGGAGUUUCGGGAAAGGCGGCACGAGUUCCUCAAGUUGUCCAGCUUGUUGGCAGGCUUUGGGGUUGUCUCAUUCCUCCUGAUGCUGGAUCCAGACUUCAAACAGCCUGAGGAUGGCCCUGGGUCUCUGACAUCAUUUGCAUCUCUCCUCUGACAUCAACCGGGUGUGACGUGAUCGAACUCAACCGCACAAUUCGGCUUCAGGCUUGGCAUCUUUAGCAGUGUGAUUGUACAAAACUUGGGAACAAAUGGCAUUUCAUGUCUGGUUGGUUCCCUGUAAGCUGCAUUCCCAGGCCAUGCAUUAACUCAUUACCAUUGUACCGAAUUGAUAUUUGUCAACGUGAAUGUUUCUGGCCAUUUUCCAUGGCAGUAAUAGAAGACAAGUAUGAACAAAUCUGAAACUUUCAUUGAACAGUGCCAAACAAUUACAAUAAUUUAAAAAAUGAGGUUAGACACGCAAUACAUUGUUGAGAAGUUGGUUUGAGCUGGCGUUGUCAUUUCUGAAUUUUUUUUCAAGCUAGUAUCACCCAUGUGAUACUAGCUUGAGCUCAUGCCACUUCUGUUUAGAUUAUGCUG